AGCAAAUCUUUUUUUUCCUAAAGUGAUUACCAUUCGCUUAGCCAUAAGGAAAUGGGGUAACAGUGACAAUGCGCUUAUACAAAAAAUGUCUGAGGAAAUGAAGGAUAAGUUCGAGAAGUACUGGAAAGAUAUCCAUGGUCUUAUGUCCGUUGCAACAGUUCUUGAUCCAAGGUAUAAACUCAAUAUUCUUAAUGCUCUUUAUGGUCCCCUCUAUGGACGAGAGCAUGCAGCCACAGAAAUAGAGAAGGUGAGGAAGUUACUGAUUGGAUUAGUGAAGCAAUAUAAAGACGAAGUUGAAGGUGAGGAUACAUGGGAUGCUUAUGUUGCUGAGCCAGUUGGAGAAGAAGAUGAAGCCAUGAAACUCUAUGAUCUGUAUAUGUCUAGUCGUCCCACUGUACCUUCUUCAUCAAUCCAUACAGAAUUGGACUUGUAUUUGGAAGAAGCUUGUCUUCCUAGAACACAAGAACUGGAUAUCAUCACUUGGUGGAACGUUAGGGGCUCGAGGUUUCCUACCUUGCAAAAACUUGCUCGUGAUAUAUUGCCUAUUCGCAUAACAUCUGUGGCUUCCGAAUGUGCAUUUAGUACUAGCGGAAGAGUACUAAGUGCGCAUCGUAGUAGACUUACUCCGAAUGUGGCUGAAUCUCUCAUGUGCAUGCAAGCUUGGUCUCGUGCUGAUAUGUUAGGUGGAUGGGAUUCUACUCUCUUUGCUACAUUUCAGAGUGUUCUUGAGGAUGAAGAAGAAGAUAUGGAUGAGUCUACUUCAAUCAUCACUCAAGAGUGAAGAUGCGGCACUGCUUCUAUUUCUGUUGGGUUGGCGGUUGACAGCUGGUGUUUGUGCUCUCUAGAUGCUGAUGGUUGCUUCCUGCAAGCUGCUGUUUGUGCUGGUCUAG